GACAGCCAGUCGCUCGCCGUUCGUUCACCGACGUGGCCCGAAACUACCGCUUCUCCGGUUCGAGAUAAGCGAGUAAAAUUGGACAUAUAAGGACGAUAAAACAACGAGAGACAAUUCGUGAUCUUCGUUACGAGAGAAAUUCUUAUAUAUUUGUAUUAGUCUCGAUCGUGGUGAACUCUUUCUCUUUUCUUUUUUUUUUUUUUUUUUUACUUCUCUUUGUUUCUGUUCCGUUUAUUUUUCCUUUCUUUUGUUUUUUUUUUUUUUUUUCUUUCUUUAUUUAUUUAUUUUUUUUUCUUCUUUCUUUAAUCGAGUUUUGUUGUUAAACUAUUUGAAAAGGAAUUCGUUCGACGAUAGGGAGGAUAAUGUUUGUGAACGAAGAUAAAGGAAAUUAGAACAGUAAAGCGAGAAUGGGAUUUCGAAUUAGAGAACAACUCAUCGUUACAAAAUGCCGAACGUACUCGUCGACGUUUUGGUGUAUAGGACUUACUCCGUCAUGCCGUCGCUUCGUAGUAAAGCUCGCGAAGUUUCUCUCGUAAAAUCAGUGAUGGUAAAAUUUUCUCAGAGGAAAUCUGAAAUCGUUUCAAUUUCAAGGAUCGAAUUGAGAAACGAGGAAGGAUCGAAUUAAUGGCGUUCGUUCGGCGAUGUUUAUCUAACCGGUAAUAGUUGGAUCAUUCGAUCGAGUUUACAUUCGAGGAUCUCAUUGAAUGAAGAAAAAGAAGAGAGAAAGACAGAGGGAAAGAAAGAGAGAGAGAAAAAAUAUGAAUGAAAGAAGAAAGAAAAGAGGAAGAAAAUUGUGCCUUCCUUCUGUUUAAAAGUUUUCAUGUGAAAUUGACUAAACGUGGUUUAAAACAUUUCACGUAUUCGAUCGAAGAAUAAGAAAAUAUUGAAUCGAUUUAUAGCACACACACACAUACAUAUAUAUAUAUAUAUAUAGUGUGAAAAAGAGAAAGAGAGAGAGAGAGAGAGAGAGAGAGAGAGAGAGAGUAUUCAGAGGGAUGAAUGGCAGAGCUUAGGGACGAUUUUCUUCUUUUAUCGUGACGUUGAACGGUGCUCUUACGGUGAAUCCAAGGUUUCCUACGAGUGUACCUUAUCAUUCUUAUCAUUUUAUUCUUAUUUUUUCCUUUAAAAAAGAAAAUCAAUGAUCGUUUAUGAUUGUACGUUAGGGAGAGGGCAAAUUAAAACAAUAAAAGGGAAAAAAGGAGAAAAAUAGAAAAAAAAAAAAAGAAAAAGAAAAAAAGAAAAAACAAGAAAGAAGAAAAAAGAAAAAGGAAAGGAAAGGAAAGGAAGCAUAGGGAAAAAAUCUUCCACAGUAUGGACGUCCGACGUUGCAUCGAUUUUCGAAAGACCCGAAUGGCUUUGAAAUUGCAUCGAAAAGGGGAGAAAAAUUAUUCUUAUCGACUAUCGUAUUCGAUUGGAACGUAUUAAGUGCGAUCGAAGUUUAUCGUUUGACGACUUCUUGCUUUUUGUUUUUUCUAUUAUUUCUUUUUUCUCCCCCUUUCUCUCCUCUCCUUUUCUCCUUCUUUUUCUUCUUUUUUUUCUUCUCUUUUUUUUUCUCUUUUUUUUUUUUCUUUCGUUUUUCUUUUUUUUUUUUUUUUUUUUUUCGUACGUGCUUUCUCGUGAGAAUGCUGUUGUCUACGUACGAAGGUCAAGGAACGACUCUAAACAGCGACAGGGAAAGUUUCGUCUUGAAGAGGACUUGCGUUUAGGGAAUACGCGCUUCGAUGAUGAUCGAUGGAAUCACGAAUAGAAGAAAAUAGGAAGGAUAGUCGUCUCGGUGCUCAUUGUGGUUGGUGAUCGUCGAGCGUUGAGAAUAAAUCGUGGAAGCGAGGAUAAGAUUUGUGAGAGGUGUGGAGAGGAGAAGGAGGAGAAAGAAGUGGAAGAAGACGAGGAGGAGGAGGAAGAAGAGAAGAAGAACGAGGACAGAGAGUGAGGAAUGGCGGGAAGAUCAAAGAUCUCGUGAUCUGUUUGGGGGUAGCAGAAUGGAAGGUGGAAGGGACAACGACGGUUCGUUGUUUCGGUCGAUCGUUCGAAAGCUAUCGUCGAGGGAGUCGGUGAUAAGUAGUGGGGUAGAGGGUGAGGUGGAUACAUCGAGCACGAAGAUCGGUAAUAGUGUAAGGGGUGUGGUAGUGCCGGCUAGGAAUACGUCGACGACAGGCACGACGACAGGCACGACGGUUACGACGGCAACGAUAACGACGACGAGAACGAGCACUAGCGACGAAUACGAGAUCGCGUUCGAGACGAUCCUAGAACGUGCAUUCGAUAUGUCGAGAAACGAAACUGACGCUGCAGCUACGGCGGCAAGCGGAACUGCUACGGCAAGUGGAGGAACCGCAACGGGGGUUGUCGUUGAAUCAACCGGUUGGUUCGAUGAUACCCAAACGCCAACGACGACAGCGAGUUUUGCUUCCUCGUCGAAUGCUUCAUCGUCAUCUUCGAGUUCUACCCUCGUCGAUAAUUAUACCCUAAUAUCGGAUCUAUUCGUCUUCGACGAUCUUAAUGAUUACAUUAAUAGAUUAAAUUAUAGCGCGUUCGCGAAUCUAACGGCCUAUUAUGACGGUGGUGGUAGUAUGAAUUUAAGUGCCACAGGUAAUUGCACUUCCUCGAUCGUAUCUGGCAAUGACACAGAAUGCGAUACCGCCGCGGUGGACGAAGAAUCCAAUCCUAGCAAUUGGUGGGCCCUGAUACUGGUUAUCGUACCGUGUCUAACCCUAUUCGGCAAUGUCCUCGUUAUCCUGGCGGUUGUAAGAGAGAAAGCACUUCAGACCGUCACCAAUUAUUUCAUCGUCAGCCUUGCGGUAGCCGAUCUUCUAGUCGCGGUUCUCGUCAUGCCCUUUGCCGUCUAUGUAUUGGUAAACUCGGGCUCGUGGAGUUUGCCAGGCUUCGUUUGCGACUUCUACAUUGCAAUGGACGUUACCUGCAGUACGAGUUCUAUCUUCAAUUUGGUAGCGAUCUCCAUAGACAGAUAUAUAGCGGUGACGCAGCCGAUAAAGUAUGCCAAACACAGGAACAAUAGAAGAGUGUGGUUGACGAUACUGUUGGUCUGGGCGAUAUCGGCCGCGAUCGGUAGCCCGAUUGUUCUUGGCUUGAAUAAUACUCCCAACCGAUUGCCGGACCAAUGCCUCUUCUAUAAUACAGACUUCAUCAUCUACUCGAGCCUAUCCAGCUUCUACAUACCCUGCAUCAUUAUGGUGUUUCUAUAUUAUAACAUAUUUAAGGGUCUACGAAAUAGAGCGAGAAAAGCUCGAGCUAAUCGAAAACCAAAUCUGGGAGAAAUAAAGCCGGGCAGUAUUAUAGAGAACAUCGCGAACACCCGGAGUGGGUAUUCUGUGGCAAGGUUCGCCGAGACGGCGUUGGGGGCAGCCGCCUUGGUGGCUCCCGGCAUCGAGGAGCCAACGAACACCGCUUCCGGUAGCAACGAGGACGAAGAUGAAACGCCUUUAGAUCCAGUCGUGGUCAUCUCCAAUGAUAAAAGCACCGAAUUCUUCUUGGCCACUGUCGUCGAGGAAGCAGCUUGUCGUUUCAGCGCGGUAGCGCAAGCACAGCUGGGCGAAUCGAAUGGUCGAAGGAAUUCAGGUUACGAUGGUGCUGCAAGCAGUACGAUGAUUAACGAGCCAACCGAAAUGAAUUCGAGUCCAAGUCCAAAUCCACGGAUCACUUCGGCUCCGUCAUCCUCGACGUCAUCCUCACCACCUCCAUCGGCAAGACCUGGAUCAGCAGCCGCGACAAGUAUCCAAGCUUCUCAAACAGAUCGUAAGAAGAAUGGAAACGGUACUAGCAAGCAAGAACUCAAAAGGCUCAAAAGUACUGGAUCCUUGCUUCCACUUCAGCUUGCUAGAACACCAAGUGUUUUAUCCGGCACUACGUCAGGCAGUAAAAAGGACAAAAAGAACGCCAGUUCUAGUUCGAAGUUCACGAUAUACAAGGCUAACAAGGCCAGUAAGAAAAAGAGAGAAAAAAGUUCAGCUAAGAAGGAACGCAAGGCAACUAAGACUCUUGCUAUUGUUUUGGGAGCCUUCCUGAUUUGUUGGGUGCCAUUCUUCACGUGCAACAUCAUGGACGCGAUGUGCGACAAGUUGGCAAUGGCCUGUCAACCAGGUGUCACGGCUUUCAUUAUCACUUCGUGGCUCGGUUACAUGAACAGUUUCGUCAAUCCCGUUAUUUACACCGUCUUCAACCCCGAAUUCCGAAAGGCCUUCGGUAAACUUAUGCGCCUUUAAGUCCCGAAAACAAAUAACGCUACGAGAGAUAGCGAAAGGACCUAUACGGACAUCGCGUUUAUAAUUAACGUAUAAUAUCCAUUCGAUAAAACGUGAACAUUAAAUUAUCCGAAUAUGAACGGAUGGAAAAUAUUGAUGUAAUUAAUUUUAGGUAGGACGUGUUACAAGAUGAUAACGUCGCCUAAAUUUCACCGAUACGUCUCAUAUUUGUUCUCAUUUAAAUCGAGAUUAAGGACUCACAAAAGCGAGCAUCCCCGUUGACUUUUUAUAAACGACAAGAAAAGUUUUCUAUUUUUAUUUGUUGUUUUUUUUUUUUUUUGUUAACUUUGUUUUGUUUUUUGUCUUUUUAUCUUUUUUUUUUUUUUUUUUUAUUGCGGAGAACACUCGCCUUGGGCAAUCGAAAUUGCAAUGGAAUUGUUUGAAAAGUUGUAAUCGUGCGAUAACGUUUAAAUGAAUGAACUAAUGAUCUUAGAAUAUUGAGAUACGCU